GCUCUCCUUUUCCUUUACGACGCCACGCCUCUACUUUAGCGUUUUUUUCCUCCCCUCUCUCCCUCCGCGCGUUAAUUCCACGCCAAACUCAAACAUACCUAACAUUCCGCCUUUUUUCCCCUCUAACCCCCCCACUCUGUCAAACUCCCAUCAUUUCGUUUGUUUUUUAGUUGUUUUUUAACUGAGGAACCGGGGGCCGGUUCUUCAGAGCGGGGCCAGCGUCGGGAUUGUGUCCGGCGGAGAGGAGCAGAGGAGCGGUUGUGAGGUGUGUUGUGGGCGGAGCCGUCAUCAUUGCGUCGGAGUGGAGUUGCCGUGGCAGCCCUGAUGGGGCUCAGGAGGAGGAGGAGGAGGGCGCGGAUGGAGAGGGACUUGGUGACGGGGCAGACCGCGGGCUGGACGGUGACCCCGAGGGCGUGUGGAGUCCAGACAUCGAGCAGAGCUUUCAGGAAGCUCUGGCCAUUUACCCGCCCUGCGGCAGGAGGAAGAUCAUACUGUCAGAUGAGGGCAAGAUGUACGGUCGGAAUGAGCUGAUCGCUCGCUACAUCAAGCUACGGACAGGGAAGACGCGCACACGCAAACAGGUGUCGAGUCACAUUCAGGUUCUGGCGCGUAAGAGGGUACGAGAAUACCAGGCCAGCAUCAAGGUCUCUAGUCACCUGCAGGUCUUGGCCAAGAGAAAGUCUCGUGAGGUUCAGUCUAAGCUCCAGGCCAUGAACUUGGACCAGGUGUCUAAAGACAAGGCUCUGCAGACGGUGGCCAACCUGUCGUCCGCUCAGAUCGUGUCUGCGAGUGUCAUGAAACCACAGACUCCCUUCCCGCCACCAGUCAGAUUUUGGCCCGGCCCUAUGCCAGGACAGCCUGGACAUUCUCAGGACAUUAAGCCCUUUGCACAGCUGCCUUACACCACACUCCCGGCCCCGGUCCCUGCUUCUCUCAGUUACGAGCCUCUGCCGCCUCACCGUCCCGCAGCCAUCGCCGCCCCCGUGUGGCAGGACCGAACCAUCGCCUCGGCGAAACUCCGCCUCCUGGACUUCUCUGCCUUCAUGGAGACGCAGAGAGACAGAGAGACGCAGAAGCAUCUUUUUGUGCACAUCGGUCCGUCAAACCCGAGCUACAACGACCCCGUCCUGGAGUCGAUAGACGUGAGGCAGAUCUACGACAAGUUCUCCGAGAAGAAGGGAGGACUGAAGGAGCUGUUUGAAAAAGGGCCGCACAACGCGUUCUUCCUCGUCAAGUUCUGGGCUGACCUGAGCAGUGACGUAGAGGAAGGUUCCAGUGCUUUCUAUGGUGUGAGCAGUCAGUACAGUGGGACCGAGGACAUCAGCAUCAGUGUCUCCACAAAGGUUUGCUCCUUUGGCAAACAGGUGGUGGAGAAGGUGGAGACAGAGUACGCUCACCUGGAAGGAGGGAAGUACGUGUUCCGCAUCCAUCGCUCGCCCAUGUGUGAAUACAUGAUCAACUUCAUCCACAAACUCAAACACCUGCCCGAGAAAUACAUGAUGAACAGUGUGUUAGAGAACUUCACCAUCCUGCAGGUGGUUUCCAACAGAGAAACUCAGGAGACUCUGCUCUGCAUCGCCUUCGUGUUCGAGGUGUCCACCAGUGAACACGGAGCGCAGUACCACGUGUAUCGACUCGUCAACGACUAGCGGCGAAGUUCGCAGAGACUUUUUUUUUCCACGUUAAUGUCGUAAAAACACGCCCACUCCUCUGAAACACACACACUGACAGUCCUGCUGUCGUCACACCUCUGCUUUCACAUGUUGUUUUAUAGCUACAAACAAAUACGGUCAUCCCAUAAUUUAAAAGUCCCAGAUGGUCGACAUUUACUGUACGUGUUAUUAUUUUUUAUUGUUAAAAAAAGCUGUUUUGUAUGAAAAACACUAGGAAAAUAUCGCAGAGCUCAAACCACGUAGAAAACCACAGAGCUUUUAUUCUGAAACUGUGCCUUUAAACUGAGCUGUCUGUCUUUUUGUAACGUUGUGCGAGUGACAGACUCUGCCCUCAGCCACGCCCACUAGGACCUGGAUUCAGAGUUUUUUAGCCUGUUAUUGACGGUUUGUUAAAACCACUGCCCUUCAGUUUUUAUCAGAUUCACACUAAGAAGUUUUUGCUCUCUUAUAAUCACGAUUUUUGCGUUUAUCCACGACUGACUGCCAACACCGACUCAUACACUACAUAAUCUUCCACUAGGUGGAGCUGUGACUCCAGAUUUUUUGUUUUUUUAGAAACAAAAAUGUGACAGGAAAUGACGCAAGUUGUUUUUUUUUCUUGUUUUUCUUCUUCACCGCGUCCUGGUCUCUGAUUGGCUGAAGAUGUCGCAGUCUCCGAUCAGAUUUCCAGCAGGCUGGAAAUGUUAACGAAUAAUUUCUCUCUGCGACCUGCGAAACAGGUCAGCAGCUAAUACCGAUAUGCAGCCGUUACCAUGGUUACUGAGUCUUUUUCCCUGGCUAAUUGACCACAAAUGCAUUGUACUCCAGCUAACCAAGCUAGCAUGACCAGACCUGAAUAUGAUUUCCGAAAAGUUCUGUCCAGUUUCACACUUAUGUUAUUUUUAUUGAAAAAAAAAUUGUGCUGUAUGAAUAACGACAAGAUUUACGCACCGAAACUGUAUUAGAAGAAAUUUAAGCUAGUCAGCACUUUUCGGUGCUUUCGCCUUCAACCCUCGUGAUUUUCUCUUCAUUAAUUAUCUGAACAGAUAAAUAUUUUUUUAGUCGCACCUUUGGCCAAAAAUUGGGAAAUUAUCGGGUACAACUUUGACAGUAAACAAUUUGGUAGUUGAUGUAGAAAUAUGACAUAAUUAUAAUUAUUAUAACUAUAAUAAUUUAUAGUAAACAUCUGUGGGCCCCUUUGAGAAUCAAUAUGAAACAAUUAACUGUAUUUUUGCUGUUCCACAUGUUACCCACAAGGUGGCACAUUAGAAAGUCACGACUUAUCCUAUAUGUAUUAUUUUUCUUCCCCCUGAAGUUCACAAACUCUUCCAGAUUCACUUUCACUCGAGUUUCGGUUGAAGAAUUAGCGUUAAGGCUCAUUUAUGCUCAGAUACGUUAAAUACGUAAAUGGAAUGGAAUGGCCGCAGCGCCACAAACUCUGCAUUCGCUAUGUCCUUAUUUGGUCGCGUCCUUUGAAAGUUCACAGAUACGAGUGCAAUGGACGUAAGUUGGGGCAGAACCACUGGUGGUCAUGUGGAGGGAAGCAGUGCAGCUAAUAGUGCAAGGGAAAAGACGUGAGGAAGACCUUGAAAUAUGGCAGAAAGUUACGGGAUUAUGUGAAAACUACGCAAGAAAUCAUAAAAAAAUGUGAUUUAAUCUCAAAAUAAACAGUCACGGGUGAAAUAUGACGGAAAAAAACACAAAUAACAGCGAGUUAUGGAAUUAUAUGAAAGGAUUAUCCUGACAAAAAUGAUUGCGAAUCACGCAGUUAUUGCGAUUUUCGAAAAAACUUUGUUUUUUCUUUUUGGCAAAAAACCAAACUGUAAAUAAAAACGUUAUAAAUGAAAAAUAUUGCGAUGUGGCUGUAAAGAGUCAGGCUCCCCCUUGUGGCAAAUGGAAAUAAAUCAUGGCUCGAAUCAUCGCUCCGAACAACAACUUUUGGACUCUUCUAACAUCUGUUUUGGUCUUGACUCUGUGCUGCCCUCUAGUGGAUGUAGUUCUUUACCACCACGCAUGGUGAUGGAGAAAAACCUUGCAUAAAUGAGCCUUAACUGUUCAAAAAAUCGACUGCAGUAUUUUUCUACCUCCGCGUGAGUCGAGACGAGGACGUGCGAUAGUUUGGAAAUGCGUAAAAAUCGGAGGAGCACUGAUGUAAAUGUCGUGUUGUACACUACACUUGGAAAUGGUACUGUUUUAAAAACCAAACAUCGUAAAUACACUUGUUUUUGUUUACUUUUUUUCCUUCUUGUUUUGUUUUUUACCGGUGUAGAGUGUUAAACGAUAAAUCAUUUUUUCGUUUUUUUGUUUUUGGUACCGAGUUGAUGACGUGCACUGUGGUAGCUUUAAACCUAAUAACACUAACAAACUAUCCAGCUGACACUUUUUUGUUUUCCUUUUUGUUCAAAAGAACAAACAUUUUUGUUUGCGUAAUAUCUGUAAAAUUUUUGGUACACUGUCGUAUAUUUGACGCCCUCUCCUGGCAGGUUCUUGUAUAACCACGUUGGAAGAUAACAGUGAUCUGUUUUGACUUAAGAUUCUUCUUCACUGUGCGGCCGUUUGACGAUGUUUUUACGUCGUUUUUUUGUUUUCUUUGUUUGUUGUUGUCGUGUUGGCUGUGCCUCACCACUCCUUCGGUCGACUCUGCUCAGUGAAAGAAAUCUGUGCCUUUUUAUGCUGUACCAAUAAACUCACGGUGUAAAGAAAA